UCGAUUGUUAAGGCAUGUGCCUCCCACGUUUUUUGUAAACAAACCAACAAUAAUUUAAAGGUUCUUAAAAUGGGGGCAUUGGCAGAGCUAGCUGGCGAUGAGAAAAACGGCGAGGGCUCGCGUACUUUUGUGUUUAGCAACGAGGGACACACGCUGGGCAAUGCACUGAAAACCAUUAUAGCCCGCUAUCCAGAGGUGGAUUUCUGUGGCUACACCAUUCCCCAUCCCACCGAGCAGAAGCUGCACUUUCGCAUUCAAUCCCACCGAGAUCGAGCCAUCGAUAUACUCAAAAGGGGACUGGAGGAUUUGGAGAAACUAUGUGAUCAUACAAUUGAUACUUUUGUAAAGGAGAUGUCUAAUUUUAAUGCUGUGAAGGUGGAGAAUACAUAAAUGAUUAUAUAUAGGGACUACAAUCUA